AUGCGCGAGCGAGAUACCCUAACAGAGAAUCCAUUUGCGUCCACGCAUUCGCUUGACGCAAACCCAUUCGAGGACCCGGUGUCCCGACAUGGAACGCCUAAGUCAAGCUACCCGUCACCAGCCCAUGCGGCACGAUUGGAGGAGCUGAACCAGAGAGAAAGAGACCUGGAGCGGAGAGAGCAAGAGCUGAGCCAGAAAGCCGAGCAUAUCAGGAGGUUUGGCCGGAACAACUGGCCACCUUUCUACCCGUUGAUUUUCCAUUCCAUUCAGGACGAAAUUCCCGAAGGGUCUCGACAAAUGAUCACGCGCAUAUACCAGCUAUGGCUUGUUCUGCUGGGCACGUUAGUAAUCAACGUAGUGGCCAACAUUCUGGUCCUGACGGCGGGAUCCUCGCAUGGUGCGAGUGAUGUCGGGUCAAGCAUCGGGUAUCUGAUAGUCAUCCCACCCAUCUCGUUUCUCGCAUGGUACAGACCUUUAUAUAAUGGCUAUAUGAAGGCAAGUGGCGAGCAAUCGUUAUAUUAUUAUUUAUACUUCGUCUUCGGCGGGUUCCACCUCGCAUAUUCGCUCUACAUGAUCGUUGGUAUCCCAAGCACCGGCUCUGCGGGUUUUAUCCAGACAAUAGAGCAGUAUAUCGAUGGCCAUAUCGUCGCAGGUGUUUUCGGUACCAUUGCCACGGUAGGUUGGGUGUUGCAGGGUGGUGGAAAUGCCAUGUAUUACCGGCAGAUCUGGUAUCAUCACAAGGCUGCUGGUCACUCAGUUGCAAAGGCAAAAAGCGAGCUAGCUACCCAUGGGGCGAAGGCCUAUUUUACGCGGGGAUGA